UGUACGGGAGUUUCGAGUUUUUUCAGUUGCUCUCAACUUGGUUUUUUUUCUGGUGCAGUAGAAGUUAAACGUGAUAUUUGUUUAUUUUUAACCUCUAAUUAUUUGUAUACGUAAUUGGAAUGAAUAACAGAAUAUUUGCAAUAAUUAAAAUAAAGAAAUUUUUUAAUUAGAAAGAAAGUUAUUUAAAAAAAGGAAAUAAUUCUAGCAAAAUGUCGACUGAAAUAGAGACGAGCUUGCUAGUAAUCGUUUUUGAUGUCAAUCCUAUGCAGCGGAUAGUAAAACAAGAAACAAAGAUACUGUCACAGUGUUUAGACUCCACAAUUGUCUUUGCCAAUGCUCAUCUUAUGCAGUCGUCCAAUAAUGAAUUGGCUAUAAUGGCAUGCCACAGUCACAGUGCUAGAUUCCUUUAUCCUUGUGAGAACGCAGUGGAAAUAAGGCAGAUGGAUGGGCAAUAUGAAAAGUUUACCAUGGUGGAACGUACAGUGCGUCAGCAAUUGCAGCAAUUCAUCAACGAAAUCCCCAUGGAUGCUCCAUUGAACACCGAGAGUCUCAUUUCUGGUGCACUCAGUAUGGCAUUGUGUUAUAUAGCUCGGUUAGAAAGAGAAAAAGUUGCUGGCCAGAAGCUACAUCCUAGAAUACUGGUCAUUACCGCCAGUAACGACUCAGCAACUCAGUACAUGAACUACAUGAACAUAUUCUUCACAGCACAGAGAAUGAAUGUCAUUUUGGAUGUAUGCAGUCUGGAUCAGGAGCUAACACUCUUGCAACAGGGCUGCGACAUCAGUGGGGGCAAUUAUUUGAAGGUACCACAGCUUGCUGGAUUGCUGCAGUAUUUAUUGUGGGUUUUCCUGCCAGAUCCCAGUGUUAGAUUAAAAUUAGUUCUUCCUCCGCCAGUAAAAGUGGAUUAUAGAGCAGCAUGUUUUUGUCAUCAGGAACUUAUCGAUAUUGGAUAUGUCUGUUCUAUAUGUUUAUCAAUCUUCUGCAAGUUCAGUCCAAUAUGCACCACUUGUCACACUGUAUUCAAAAUGCCAGGACCUAUGCCGAUAAAGAUGAAGAAAAAAAAGAAGAAUGUGGAUAUCGUCCAUUAACCUUGUAUAUUUCACACAUAGCUAUCACACAUUUUGUAAAUAUAGAUAAGUCGUAUACUGUAAAAAAACUUUAUAGGAUUAUGAUUUCUUGAUCAUAACCGGCGUAAUUAAUCACGGAGACUGGAUUUACUAAAUAAAAAAAAUAGCAUUUUAAAUACAUU